AUGGACGGAAUGCAGAUGACCUACGCGCAAUUCAUGGCCCCGCCGCCUCCGUACGAGGAAGUAGCACCUCCAAGGUCGUUCACCGCUAGCGAGAGCGCGCCGCCGUACCAGAACUGUCUCCCUCGGCCCGCCGUCGUGCACGACGCGUCGAACACGGCUCAGACGACGUCAGAGACCCAUACUUCCUCGCUCGCAAGUCUGCAAAAUGCAACGGCUUUGAGCCCACCAUCGACGCCGAAUACGACCGUCGCGGCGCGUCUCCCCGCGUACAGACGCGUCAAUUACGGUCGGUACAGGACACACCCCUACCGCCGACCGCUCAAGUGGCAAAAAGUCGACAAUGAGGAGGAUGACAUGAUCUCAGAGCUCGAGAAUAUUACCAUCAUGGACGUCAUCUCCACCCCAGAAUACCUCGCCGCCGCCUCUUACCCCGACCGCCUCCUUCCUGUGCUCACUAGUAACCCCUGCGACUGGGAGACCCUCACGCGCGCUCAGCGCGCUGCCCGGCUGUCCGAGCGCAUCGCGGACAUCGACGCGAUCAUGGCCAACGUGAAUGUGUAUGGGCUAAACGAGGUGGAAACCCGCGUCAUUGACUUCGCCCUCUUCGUGCGCCGCAACCUUGCGGAACGCCGCGAGGCGGAGUUGUUCACAGGAUAUAAUUUGUUCUGA